ACCCCGGAUUGCACGCACGAACGCGAUGGCUGCCCCGACCAAGUUCAGUUUUUCCGUCAGGAGCAUCCUGGACUUGCCUGAGCAGGAUGCGGAGGCAGCGCCGCGGUCCUCCCCGCUGUACUCCUCCCCGCGGUACUCCUCCUGCUCCUCCAGCUCGCCCUACAGCUCCUGGAUGGACUGCGACCGGAGUCCUUGCAUAUCUUCUGACGAAAGUAGCCUCGAGGCCUCCCCCGACUCCACCAAGCCGGAUGACUCGUCCUCGGAGCCCGACAAGAGCAAGAAGAGCAAGAAGCGCCGGGUUUUGUUCUCCAAGGCCCAGACCCUGGAGCUGGAGAGGCGCUUCCGGCAGCAGCGCUACCUGUCCGGCCCGGAGAGGGAGCAGCUGGCCCGGCUCCUCAGCCUGACCCCGACCCAGGUGAAGAUCUGGUUCCAGAACCACCGCUACAAGAUGAAGAGAGGCCGCGCAGAGGGAGCGCUGCUAGACUUGGACAUACCGCAGCCUCCCAUGCUGCGCAGGGUCGUUGUUCCGAUCCUGGUCCGGGAUGGGAAACCUUUUCACACCUGCUUACUUGACACGGAGAAAGCUGGAUGUUUACCUCCUUCUCAAGCGGUACCCUUCACCUUAGCCUACCCGACUCUUCAGCAUCCGUCCCCCGUCGCUCUUCCUCCAAGGUACCACCAGCACUUUCCCACCGCGGCGGCCUCCAGGUUCGCCUGGAGAGACUUUUGGAGCGACUCGGUCCACUUUAAUUCUUUCAAGUGAAAACCUCAAUUCAACGCACAAACUCAUUUAGAAUUGCAUCAAAUGUUUUCUGAAUGCAUAUUUUUCGAGCAACUUAAACAUUUAGUUUUUCAAUAUAGAACGAAGGAUAUUUUUGCACAUUUGAUUUCGAUAUUUUACUAUUUUUUAAAAUGCUGAUGAUAUUUUCUCACACUUGGGGCUUACUGGUGUAGCCUGUAGAUUUUUAAUUAUCCGGUGAGAUAAUGUAUUUUUAUUUGUAUGUGAAGCUGUUGAAACAUAAUAUUUGUAUAAAUAACGUGUGUUGGAGACAAUAAGCUACAGAAGGCUUUAGAGAUGAAGGAAAAUAAUGUUAUUUGUUGUCUUUAAGGAGACUUUCUGUAAAAGUUUUAACUGUAAAAUGUUUCUUUUUUGUGAACGAAAUGAUUAAUAAAAAGUUUCUCAUAUUUUGU